GUUAGAUGAGGCGAUCAUGAUGGCGGUAGCAUCGGUGGAAGGCUCACAGGAAGCGCAUGGGUGCUCCGCUGCAGCUAUUGUGAAACACAUUGAGGACCACCAUGCAUCACCGUCCAAUCUGCGCCGCCUCGUGCCACAUCGCCUCAGAGCACUCUCAGAAGAGGGCUGCCUGGUGAAG